CCUUACAAAGGAAUGAUGAAUUUAGUUACAUUUGAUUUGGACUACUAUAAUUUACUAGCAGCCCAUUCACACUAUAGAGUUAUUACAUUAGUGUUGUCCCUCCAUGUCCAUGGAUUCUGUAUCCUUGGGCUCAACCACCCACAGCUUAAAAAUGGUAAAAUCUCCAGAAGCGAAUGUUGAUUUUGUCAUUUUAUAUAUAGGGCACCAUUUAACGCAACAGCUAAAGUCACAAAGAUUGAAGAAAUAAGAAGUUGUGAAUAUUUCAGAAUGGAAGUCAGCAAGGAACGGAGGCAGUGGGUUGCUAGGUCUCAACCGGCUGCAAUCCUCCCCAUUUUGGCCAUACCUGGCGUCAUAACAUUGUGAUUAGCAACUCUAAGGGGGCAAAAGAGACCGAGAUGUUUGGGAUGGGAGUAAGAGCUAAAAGGCACUAGAUCCCAUCUGAUCUUGGAAACAAAACAGGUUAAAUCCCGAUUAAUACUUGGAUAGAAGACUGACAACAGAUAUCUAGGGCUGUAUUUCAGAAGAAAGAGCUUCCACCCUGUAAGAUACAUCGGGUCAACAUAAGUUGAUGGACAACUUGAAGGCACAUACACACUCGCACAAGAGCUGAACAUCCUAUACCGGGCAUGAGCAAACUUCUCCCCUCCAGGUGUUUUGGACUUCAGCUUCCACAAUUCCUAACAGCCGGUAGGGAGUUGGUCCAAAACACCCGGAGGGCCAAAGUUUGCCCAUGCCUGUCCUAUACUCAACAUUAUUCAUUUAUUGAUCUGAAUGAACCAGCUAAUUUUAUGUCUGUAGCCUUUUAAUACUAAUCUCCAGGGGACACCUUAUGAACUACCACUGGCCAACACACAUUUGGUGCCUCAAAUAUUAACCCCAUUUCUGGAUAUAUUUGAUCUGAUGAAUCCAAAAAUGGCACCAGAUUUCCCCUAUCCACUCUAGUUUUUGAGGUGCAGAACGUAUGGUUGGACUACAUGGCCCAUAUAGUCUCUUCCAACUAUUAAUGAUUCUACCAGUAUCUGCUUGCCCAGAGAAAAUCAUGAUAACCAUAUCUAAGAAAUUAUAGCUGAUGUGGUCUAUCCAAUGCAAUUUUCUGAACCGGUGCCCCAAAUAACCCCAGGAACAUGACUAAAAACCAAUACUCUUUUCUUUUGUGGUUGGGCCAUGUAAUACAUGUUUAUGGUGGUGACCUAUAUAGGGAUGAGUUCAGCAACGCCUGUUAUCCGUAGAAAAGUAGAUGGUCUCUUGGCAUACUAGACAUGGUGGAAACUUGGUUGGGAGGAUGCUCUUGAAGAGGGAAAAAAUGCUGUUAUUUGGAGUUUCGUUCUACAAAAAGGCCUUUCCUUCAUAUCUUGUCCUUGUCUUUCAUAUCUGCAUCUUCUCAGUGUUUUCUCUGGCCCACCAUUUCCCCUCAUGUAUCACAAUCUGAACUGUUGAUCAUCACCUCCAUUUCUUAUGCUGCUUGUGGUGGGAAGUGUGAAAACAAUAACACCCAACACAGAAGAGAGCUGUUUUAUAAUAUUCCUAUGGUUGAAAAACAAGACUGACGCCCAUGACAGAAACAGUUUAUUGAGCUUCCACAUGUAGUUAUUACCUUUGUAUGAAAUACAUAUAUUCAAUUAUAGUGACAAGUUGUCAGAAUCAAGUAAUCUAUCAGAUGUAGAACUACAGCUCCCAAUAUACAUCAGCAUUACCUAUGCUGAUAUGAGCUGCUGGGAGUUGAAGUCCAUCUACAUCUGGAAGGUUAUUCAACUUCCAACCUUGAAAUAUGAGAUUCUAUUCAGGAGCUCUUAGGGACAAUCCCUGCUUUCAGCUUCAGAGUCUAACUUGUUCAACUUGUCUAAAUUGAAUGUAGGCCCUUUUAUAUACAAAACAUGUGCUGCUUUGUCUCAGGGUGCAUCUACACUGUAGAAAUAAUGUAGUUCAACAUCACUUCAACAGCUAUCACUCAAUACUAUGGAAUCAUUGGGAGUUUUAGUUUUAUAAAGUCUUUAGCCUUCUCUGCCAAGCAGUGCUGGUGUCUAGAUUUCAGUAAGGCCUUCGACAAAGUCCCCCACGACCUUCUGGCAAACAAACUAGUAAAAUGUGGGCUAGACAAAACUACGGUUAGGUGGAUCUGUCAUUGGCUAAGCAAAUGAACCCAAAGGGUGCUCACCAAUGCGUUGUCUUCAUCUUGGAAAGAAGUCACGAGUGGAGUGCCGCAGGGUUCUGUCCUGGGCCCGGUUCUGUUCAACAUCUUUAUUAACGACUUAGACGAAGGGCUAGAAAGCACAAUCAUCAAGUUUGCAGAUGACACCAAACUGAGAGGGAUAGCCAACACUCCAGAAGACAGAAGAGCAGAAUUCAAAACGAUCUUUACAGACUAGAGAGAUGGGCCAAAACUAACAAAAUGAAGUUCAACAGGGAUAAAUGCAAGAUAGUUCAUUUCGGCAGAAAAAAUGGAAUGCAAAGAUACAGAAUGGGGGACGAUGCCUGGCUAGACAGCAGUACAUGUGAAAAAGAUCCUCGUGGACAACAAGUUAAACAUGAGCCAACAAUGUUAUGCAGCUGUUAAGAAAGCCAAUGGAAUUCUGGCCUGCAUCAAUUGGGGUAUAGCAUCUAGAUCCAGGGAAGUCAUGCUCCCCCUCUAUUCUGCCUUGGUCAGACCACACCUGGAAUACUGUGUCCAAUUUUGGGCACCGCAGUUGAAGGGAGAUGUUGACAAGCUGGAAUGUGUCCAGAGGAGGGCAACUAAAACGAUCAAGGGUCUGGAGAACAAGCCCUAUGAGGAGAGGCUUAAAGAACUGGGCAUGUUUAGCCUGCAGAAGAGAAGGCUAAGAGGAGACAUGAUAGCCAUGUACAAAUACGUGAAGGGAAGUUAUAGGGAGGAGGGAGCAAGAUUGUUUUCUGCUGCCCUGCAGACUAGGACGGAACAAUGGCUUCAAACUACAGGAAAGGAGAUUCCACCUGAACAUCAGGAAGAACUUCCUCACUGUGAGGGCUGUUCGGCAGUGGAACUCUCUGCCCCGGACUGUAGUGGAGGCUCCUUCUUUGGAGGCUUUUAAACAGAGGCUGGAUGGCCAUCUGUCGGGGGUGCUUUGAAUGCGAUUUCCUGCUUCUUGGCAGGGCGUUGGACUGGAUGGCCUUUGAGGUCUCUUCCAACUCUACUAUUCUAUGAUUCUAUGAUUCUCUCCAAAUUUCAAUGGCCAUAAUUCCAUAGUGUUGGGCCAUAGCAGUUCAAGCAGUGUCAAACUGCAUUAAUUCUAUAUUGUUUGUUGUUAAUUCAUUCAGUUGUUUCUGACUCUUCGCGACCUCAUGGAACAACACACGCCUGAGUUCCCUGUCAGCCAUUGCCAACCCAAGCUCCUUCAAGGUGGAGCCAGUCACUUCAAGGAUACCAGCCAUCUACCCAUCUUGCCCUUGGUCAGCCUCUCUUCCUUUUUCCUUCCAUUUUCCCCAUCAUCAUUCUCUUCUCUAAGCUUUUCUGUCUUCUCAUGAUGUGGCCAAAAUACUUCAUCUUUGCCUCUUAACAUCCUUCCCUCCAGUGAGCAGCCGGGCAUUAUUUCCUGGAGGAUGGACUGGUUGGAUCUUCUUGUGGCCCAAGGCACGCUCAGAAUCUUCCUCCAACACCACAGUUCAAAAGCGUCUAUCUUCCUUCGCUCAGCCUUCCUUAUGGUCCAGCUCUUGCAUCCAUAGGUUACUAUGGGGAAUACCAUUGCUUUGACUAUGCUGACCUUCGUUGCCAAUGUGAUGUCUCUGCUUUUCACUAUUUUGUCAAGGUUGGCCAUUGCUCUCCUCCCAAGAAGUAAACGUCUUCACUAUUUUAUCUUGUUGAGAAAUAGCCUAUUAGUCGAGAUGGAGACUUUUGAUAAUCUUCUCCCCACAUGUCAUGUUUCAUCUGGUGUGCAUUGCUCUCUAAUAUGUGAGCAAUGAGUGCAGACCUCAGAAUCACACAUUCUAUCCACUUCUCAAGCUCCUUUGAUCGUUGAUGACGGAGGUGUUACCUCUGAGGUUAGGUUUCUUUUUCCCCUUGUGACAUCCUGUCUUUGGGGGAGUGGUUGAGUCACACACAAUAUAUAUACACAACAUUUGGACUGGUUAAACUGUCAAGCACAUGCACUGAAAAGGCUGGAAACUUCCUUGUCUCCUGUAGUUGACAAAGGGCCAGCAAUGCUCAACAUGAACCCUACCUGUGCUGUUGUGGUGCACUUUCUCCUCCUCUUUUGCACCCGCGUUUCUCCACAAUGCAGGACAGCCACUGAGGAUGAAUGCCAGGAUCACCAGCACUUCAUACCAGGUCAUGGCUUGGCUGGUGUGGGGUUUGAUAUAACAAAGCUAGAGAGGAAGGCGGCCAAGGUGUUGGAUAUGAGUCAAUGGCAGAAAGCAGAUGGAACCUGCACCUUGUGCCAGAACCCGUUACUGGAUGGAAAACCCCUCCAGAGGCUUCCUCUGGCCAUUGCCGACUGGGAGGCCAAAGUGGCGUGCCAAAAAAACCUCCGCUCCUCAAUUCAGGUCUCUGGCAUUUCUGCGGUCCAAGCAGCCGGAUCAAAUGUGGACAACGACUGGAAAGUCGAGCUGGAUGUUCAGGUGAAGCCACAGAUCAACGUUCAGGUGGCUUUGGCUGGCUCCCAUUCUAAGAUGGCCGACUUCAGCAUGGAGAAAAGUUCACAGGACCAAUAUACCUUUGUUAGUCACGAAGUGUCUUGCUCAUAUUACAGCCUCCGCAUUGGCCACCGUCGGAAGCUCGCAGAGCAUUUCAGACAUGCCUUGAAGACUCUUCCUCUCAAAUACAACCGUGGCACCCGGCUGGAAUACCACCAACUGAUUGGCACCUACGGGACCCAUUGGAUCACCCACCUUCGCUUGGGAGGCCGGAUGAAAGAUGUGACGGCAACACGGGUGUGUGAGACAGUGCUGGACGGGGUGACUGCUGAUGAGGUCAAAGACUGCCUGAGCCUCGAGGCAUCUGCCAGCAUUGGUAGCCGCAACUCAAAGACAUCUUCCAGCUACAAAAUGUGUCAAGAACUGAAGAAGAAGCAGAACUUCAAGGGCAGUUUCCACAACACAUACAAUGAGCGGCACACAGAGGUUGUGGGUGGGGCGAGUCACGUGGACCUGCUCUUCUCCAACGACCAAAGCACAGAGUCCUUCAAAGAGUGGUUAGAAGGCCUCAAGUCUCUGCCCGACUUGCUCUCCUACUCCCUGGAGCCCAUCCACACCUUGGUUCGAAAGGGUCACCCUAAGAGGGAGAGCCUGCGGCAAGCAGUGAGUGAGUAUGUGACUGAGAGGGCUCUGUGGAGGAACUGCACCCACCCUUGCCCACCAGAAACAACCCGCAGCCCUCGAGACCCCUGCUCCUGUGUGUGUCACAGCAACGGUCUUACUGACUCCAUGUGCUGCUCCCGGAAACGAGGUCAAGGCAAGCUGACAGUGACAAUUCAACGUGCCCACAACCUGUGGGGAGACCACACAACUAGUACUGAUGCCUAUGUUAAGGUGUUCUACCAAGGAAAGCAGACUCAAACGUCCACCAUAUGGAACAACAACAACCCAGUAUGGAAGGACCACUUUGACUUAGGCAUAAUCCAGGUCUUGGGGGAGACCAGCAAGCUUAAAAUACAGGUCUGGGAUGAAGACAAUCGAUACGAUGAUGAUCUUUUGGGGUCAUGUGAUUACACCUUGCAGGCUGGGAAACCACAAAGCACUGUUUGUUAUCUUAACCACGGGAGUCUGUUUUUCCAGUACCAACUGGUCUGUGGUCCCUACCUAGGUGGACCCUAUUGUUUGGAUUAUGCCCCUCAGCAGCCAAAAUAUGCAGGUGCCUUAUUACAACGUAAAGGCAAAGCAGAUCCCAUUGCACCAAGAGCCCCCUGAUAGGGUUUCUCUCUCUUUCUCUCUCACAGUAGAUACAUCCAAACUUGGAAAUGUUCUAGCUAUUUCAUAGCUAUGACACAGUUUGAAAAAGUUAGAAGUGCCAAUGCUGGAUGAAAAUUUCUGGGACGUACGGCUCAGAAAAAUGACUUUUCCAAGCUUUGCUAUUUGUCUUUGAAAUAUAAUACAUCUCCUUCCUCCUAAACCACAGAAAACCGAUGUUCAUCUUACACAGUUAAUGCCAGAAGAAACAUGUAAUUUUUAUGUUGUCCCAGAGGCCUUUCAUCAUUAAAUGCUGUGCACACCAAGCAAACAAAUAAAUGCGAAGAGAUUUCCUUUCUGUAUUAUAUUUGUAUGUUGCAGAAAUAAAAGUGAAUAUUGACAGUU